AUGGAUCCCAAUAGCAGCCUAUCUAUAAGGAGAACCAAACCAAUCGACUUUGGUAGCGUUCACGAUACCGCCUCCUCAAGUAGGCCAUGGAAAUUGAAACGUUUGCUGCGAAUUGAAUUCAAGAGCCCUAAAGAAGACUAUCUGUUCUUCCAGGAACUACAAUCAGACCAAGGCACUCUCGUAUGCCAUAGGAAGGCCUUAUUUUGUCUUGCUGUUAUACGUGAAUCGUUUUCACCAAGACCGCUGCAUUUGCUCGAAGAGCUGUCACUGGUCCAACAUCCAAAUAUCGCGGAAAUUCUCGAUAUAUACUUUUACGAUGGAAGACUAAGCAUCGUUACUGAACGUCUGGAUAUUUGCCUUCUCGAUCUCGACUUCAGCAGGCUGCCCCCAGAAGAGUGGGAGAUUGCAACGAUUGUUGCAGAGAUUAUGAAGGCGAUGACUUACCUCAUGAGCACGUUGCCGGUUUCCGAAAUCAGCAUUGACAGCGUGAGAUUGUCUCUCCAGGGAGAUGUUAAGCUUGUCAACGACGUACAUUACCAAAGUUCGCGAGACGAUGACAUGCCUAGCCAUCAGUAUAACUCCGAAUUUCUCGUUGAGAUGCUAAAGAUCCUUAUGUCAUACGGCACAUCUAGCGGAAGAUGUUGGUCGCGUGAGGCGAUCGAGUUUUCGUCAAUUCCAGCUUCCGACUCUUUAUCCCUAUUUAAGAACCACGUCUUCUUAACCAAGGCCAUGUCAUCAUCUAAGUUGGUACCACGUAUCCACUUGGCGACGCAAAUCCUAUGUUGCCAGUCGCAGAGACAGCCCGAGGAGCUUUAUGGUUCCGAAGUUCAUUCUUUCCUGCAAAGUCCUUAA